AGAGGAUUGAGCAGUGCCAGUACCAGUGAGUUUUCACCAUUCAUUUCCAGGCGCAAUGAGUUGUCAGUGCAGCAAGGAUGCCUAAUGUGGGGCAUAAGAGUCAUUGUUCCAGCUACAUUAAGACAAAGGAUCCUUGAAGAACUGCACAGUGGCCACCCUGGUGUGGUGAGAAUGAAAGCCAUAGCUCGAAGCUAUGUUUGGUGGCCUGGUCUUGAUAGCGACAUCGAACAACAAGCAAGGAGCUGUCUAUCUUGUCAGCAGGUCCUGAAAAUGCCAUGCCAAGCCCCUCUCCACCCAUGGGUCUGGCCAAGCAAACCAUGGGAACGUAUACAUGUGGAUUUUGCAGGACCAACUGAGGGUCACAUGUACAUGGUUGUGGUUGAUGCUCAUUCGAAGUGGCCAGAAGUGCAGAUUAUGGAGUCCACAACCACAGACAGGACUAUUCGUGUUUUGCGGAAUCUUUUCAGCCGCUAUGGAAUUCCUGAAGUCCUUGUCAGCGAUAAUGGACCUCAGUUCACGGCACAGGAAUUUGCCACAUUCCUAAAAGCUAACCAUGUCAAGCACAUUCGCUCAGCUCCGUACCAUCCAGCCACUAAUGGGCAAGCUGAGAGGUUUGUACAAACAGGCGUUGAAGUCCUCAAAGCACUCCUCAACCCCUCUCCAACAGAGGUUGGAUGCCUUUCUCCUGACCUACCGUAA